AUGGGGGGCCGAACCGUCUCGCCCGGAGGGGCUCUGCUGAGAUCCUCUCGGCUCUUCUCCAUGCCCAAGCCAUUGCCCGAACCGCAGUCGACCAACCUGCACAUUAGCGAUCACAAGUCUCCCACCAUGACACGACAAUACCCCCAGCACCAGUCAGUUACCUCCCCCCUCUCGUCGCGAGAGAAGGGAGAUUGGGGCUUCAAGCGACCGUUCCCUCUCAGGUCCACCAUGACCACCUCGACACCCCUCAUCCGAGUUAAGCAGGUUGACGCUAUCGAGAGUGUUACCGACUUCGCCUCUGCCGCCGAUUACACUUUGUCUCUGGAAAAGUUCCAGGAGCUCCGUGUGCCUCUUUCGAUUCCCAAGGAAAAUGAGCGAACCACCGGUACGGCAAGGACCGACAUCUGGCGCAAGUCCGUCUUUGAGGAGGAUAUGGACUUUACCGACUUCCGUCAAGGACGAGCGGAUGACAAGCGAUGGAAGUUCCAGGGACCUUGGUUGGCCAGGUUGACCGAGGGCGAGUUCAUCGAAUAUCUCAACAAGAGCGUACGACCCAAGCGUGCUCACUUCCGAUGGUUGCUGAAGGAGAGGCUUGCCGAGUCUCUAAAUACCAAGCAGGCUCAGGAAGCCUUGGACAAGGGCGAGCCGGCCCCGCCCAAGAUCAACCCUUGGGACAUUAGCAAGGAGCAAUUCGUCGACUUUGUGCGCUCUCUUCGAAGUGACCGAGCUACACUCUAUGGGCUUGUCUCCAAGUUCCUCGAUCUUGCUCCCCUGGGCCACCCAGUGGGCAUUCUCCAGACCCUCAUAUCCACCGGAGAGAACGCGGCUGCCGAGAGUCCCUACGGCAAGGCUGGACCCCCUCCUAGCCAUCCCUCUGCUGGUAUCAGCUACCUGAGGACGAACGCGUACAUGGAGAACCACCCUGUGUAUGGUCCCCAAGGACGACACACCCCUGUCCUCGCCCGAGUCAUCCACCCCAGGCGGAACGUAUCACUUGCUAAGCUUGGUGUGGGUGGUUUCGUCGCCGACACUCCUCCUGGCGACAACGAGUUCACCGGCAGAAACCAACGUCGGGGUCAAAGCAAGAAGGUGCUCGACGGCAUCCAGCAUCUUGACACCACUACAUACGGUGGUGCCAAGGCCUACGUCGAGCCCGUGACGGCGACUGUCGACCCAAGCGGAAAGGUUGUCCUCCAGCUCCGGGACACCACUUCCGAGUCCCAACUUCUGGCGAAGGAGAGCAAGGGACGAGAGCAGGUGUACACCGGGGAGAAGCGUGCUCCCAAGAAGGAAACUGUAGCUGAUCCUUGGCGAACCAGCCGUGUCGCUGAUGAGCUUCUCAAAGACGACUCAGCGUCUCAGUCUGAAAAGGAUGUUCUGGGUAGCUCCAGCAGCUAUGGUCUUGACCAGAAGCAAUAG